AUGCUACCGACUGUGAAUAUUGCCUUCCCUGACCACCUUUGUCCCGUAUUUCCGUACUCUCUGAUUCUUGCUUGCACCCGCGCACGUGUCUCCGCCAUCGUCGCCGCGCUCACCGCUGCCAUGCUCUGCUCUCUGCCGCCCCCCGCCUCCCCCGUCUCGCCCGUCGCCGUCUCUUCAAACCCCAGACUGCCUCCUCGCUUUCUCGCCGCUCCUUCCCGCCUCACCGUUCUUCCCCUUUCCGCCUCGCCCGCUCUGCCGCUUCUUCCCCAUGCGCCCUCCCUUUCGCGCCCCGCGCCUCCCGUGACCGCCGCCGCCCCGCCAUGCGGCAGAGGGCGCUUGACGCGCGCGCGGGGAGGCCCGGCGGCGAGGAGAAAAGCAGCUGUGGCCAGGGCGCACGUGGCGGGCGGGGGAAGUGGGGGAGGCGAUGAGGGGGAAGGCAUGGCGGUAGCGGGAAGCGCGGACCUUUGCGUGUUUCCCCUCAGCGGAGUGUGUUUGCCAACUCAUUCUGGAGCGCUGAACGUGUUUGAGCCGCGCAUGCUGCAGCUGAUGGACGUGAUCACAUACGUGGCGGCGUCCCCCUCGUCCCCGCCCUCCGUGCUGCCGCGCUUCGCCCUGCUGCCCUCCGCCUGGACCACAGCGCUCGCUGCCGCUGCAGCCAGGCAGGGGGAAGGGGGAUUGACAGGCCGCGGUGCCUUGACGUGGGGUGCGGACCUGCGUGGGGAAGAGGAGGGCGAGGGGGGUUCGACGUGGUUUGGGGAUGCGCCUGUGGGUUGCUCCUGUGUGGUGCACUCGUCGCACACAGCGCCUGACUCCUCGCGCCUGGUGGCAUACGAGGCGACUCACCGCAUUGUCCCGCGUGCCAUGCGCCGUGCACACCCCUUCCUCGUGCUGCUCUGCCACCCGCUGCACGACCACCCACCACUGCCCGCCACGGCACCAGCCCCGGCAGCACAGCUGUACGCAGGGCAGGUGGAUGCUGCAGAGCAGCACGUGUGGGAGCAACUCAAAGAGGUCGCCUGGCUCUCUGCUGUCCUAGCCCGCUCCACCUCCUCCUCUUCCUUGGAGAGCCAGCAUGAGCAGCAGCAGGGGGCAGGGGGGGCACGGAAUGGCACCCCUCCCCCGUCUGCUGCGGCGUCGCUGCUGCCUGCGGCUGUGCUGCGCUUUGGCCCCGAUGCCAUGACCGGCACGACCCGCCGCGCCAACACCACCGCCCAGGCAGCCAUCUCAACGUGGAGGAGCAUGAAGGGUCCGCUGGCAAUGGAGCGGUCGGGCGGUGAGGGGAAGACGGCGAGCAGGGGGGGAAGCGCUGGGGGGGCUGCAGGGGCGGAGGGGGCGUGGAAUGACCCGUACUGGGUGGCGCGUGAAGCACUGAGCAAGGCCCGGCGCCAAGAGGCGUUCUCAUUCGCUGCCGCUGACAUGGUGGAGUUGGAGCAGCAGCAUCGCAGCCUGCUGCUGGGCAUGACUUGCACGCUGCAGCGACUGCUAUGGGUGCAAGCAGCCAUCGAGCCCCACCUUGCCUCGCUCCGUGCUGAAAUGGCACACGCAUAUCAUCAUUUUCAUCGUCGAUCCGUGCUCAUCACAGCAGCCGUCGUCCCAGGCACUCUUCGCGGCAAUUGCCGACAACGCACGAGACGGCACCACUGUGAUCGCCCGCCAGGGUCGUGGAUCUGGAGGCUGGUACGGCGCCGCGCCGCCAUGACGUAUUUUCACUUCUUCAACUGCGCCGCGCUCUCCUUCGCGCCGCACCUCAUCUUCUACAAGGCCACGCCGCUGUCGGAGUACGGCACGUGGACGGCGAGUCUCAAGGCGGCGCUCGUCUUCUUCGCCGCCAUGCUGCUUAAGAUGAUCCUGUGGGCGUCGCUUCUGCCCGAGUCCGAUCACGACCCCGCGCUCGCCGCCCCAUCGCGCCUAGACGCGCGCCAGGAGGCGCUGCGCGCGGUGAUAGGCGCGGGCGUGGACCUGGCGGGCAUGCGGUACGCGCUGGUGCACGUGAGCCACCGCAACAUGGCCUUUGAACACAAGUUCCAGGCCGUCGGCCUCGGGUGGGCGCUGGCGGAGUCAGUGAGCAAGCGCCUGGUGCCGCUGUGGGUGGGGGCGGGCGGCAUGGAGUUCAAAUGGGACUUCCUGCUCGACGCCCUCUCCUCCAACAUCGAACUCGUACGCCCCCCUGCUCCCCUCCCCGCCCCCCUCUCCACUUCCCUGCAUGCCGUUUCUGCACAGUCUCUGCUUGUAUGUGCGUGA